AUGAAAAUGGGAAAUGAAGUGUGCAGCUCAGCGAAUUUGGAUCCUGAAAUCAUGAGCCGCUGCCCCUUUGCGGGAAAGAAUUACCUAUUUAAUUUUAACAAGCUAUCUUUGGAAGAUGAAAAUGAUGACAAAUCUCAAGAAGGAAUAAAUAAAGCCAGCAAAGGUGGGCUUAUCUAUGGAGAAUACCUACAACUGAACAAAAUAUUGAAUGCUCAAGAACUUGAGAGUGAGAAGAAAGGGAAAAAAAUCCAUGAUGAGCAUCUUUUUAUUGUGACACAUCAAGCAUAUGAACUUUGGUUUAAGCAGAUUUUGUGGGAAAUGGACUCUGUGCGAGUGAUCUUUCAAAAUGGUCAUGUAAGAGAUGAGAGGAACAUGCUGAAGGUUAUUACUCGAAUGAACAGAAUUUCACUGAUUCUGAAAUUACUUGUGGAACAGUUCUCAGUUUUGGAAACUAUGACUGCAUUGGACUUCUUUGAUUUCAGAUACCACCUAAGUCCAGCCUCAGGUUUUCAGAGCCUGCAGUUUCGCUUGCUAGAGAACAAGAUUGGUGUUCCCCAAAGUCUGAGAGUCCCUUAUAACAGAAGGCAUUACCGUGAUAACUUCAAGGGACAGGAUCAUGAACUACUGCUUCAAUCAGAGCAAGAACCAACACUACUACAACUUGUGGAGGCAUGGCUGGAAAGAACUCCAGGACUUGAUGCAGAAGAAUUUGAUUUCUGGGGACAAUUUGAAGAGAAUGUUUUAAAAGGCCUAGAAGAGGAAUUUGCCUUGAUACAGGCAAAAGCAGAAUCAGAAGAAAAAGAUGACUUAUUGUCUGAAUUCCAAAAACAGAGAGACGUAUUACUUUCAUUAUUUGAUGAAAAACGCCAUGAACAUCUGCUCAGUAAAGGAGAGAGACGACUGUCCUACAAAGCACUGAAGGGGGCCUUGAUGAUCUACUUCUACAGGGAGGAGCCUCGUUUCCAGGUUCCCUUUCAGCUUCUUACCUCUCUUAUGGAUCUUGAUGUGCUCAUGACUAAAUGGAGAUAUAACCAUGUCUGUUUGGUGCACAGAAUGAUUGGCAGCAAGGCUGGCACUGGAGGCUCAUCAGGUUACCACUACUUGCGCUCAACAGUGAGUGACAGAUACAAGGUGUUUGUGGAUUUGUUCAAUCUUUCAACAUUUCUAGUGCCAAGACACUGGAUACCAAAGAUGAACCCAAGCAUUCAUAAAUUCCUCUACACAGCAGAAUACUGUGACAGCUCCUACUUCAGCAGUGAUGACUCUGACUAGCCUGCCUUUCUAGGCUGGAACCUUCUGACUUUCACCUUGAGUGGUACCCCUUAGCCAUUCCCACAAAGUAUGUGGAUGUGUAAAUAUGUAUUUAUGUAUGACAGCUUUGUGAAUAGUACAAUUGGCUUGUGAAAGAAAUUAAUUGCUUGUAGAAAAAAUAAAUCUGUAUUGAGUUAGCCUAUGUUAAGAGUAAAAUUAUACACCAAUUCAACCCAGUGACCAAUUUAACUCUUAGCUGGCUUCUUAAAGCCUACACCUAGAGAAAGGGAGAAAAUUACAUGCAGUUGUUAUGACCAUGACUUAUUUGUACAUAUUUUUGUAUUUGCUGGUUUGCCUAAUGGCUGUUACUAAUUUAUGUCUAGUUGAGGACAUAAUCAGUUUCAUCACCUUCAGAAGAGUAUUCAUUUCUGAGCUCUAG